AUGGGCGCCGACCGCACCGACCUCGACCUCGCCGACCUCGACCGCGCCCACCUCGCCGACCUCGACCGCGCCGACCUCGACCGCGCCUACCGAGCCCGCGCCCACCUCAUUACGGCGCUGACGAUGGACUCGCGGAGCAAUGCAGCCGUGCACGACUUGUACGCCACGAAUGACGGCGAUGUGUGGGCGGCCACCGGCGACGGCGCUUGCACCAAAUGGACGGACAUUGCGACAGCGCCGGUCGUCGACACGGAGCUCUUCGGCCCGACGUACGACGCGGUGCACGGCGUGACGGGCUAUGGUAACAAGCUCUACACAGUCUCGCGCGACCGGGUGCUGCGCACGUACACGCUCGAGUAA